AUGAGUGCCUACGACACUAACACGCCGUACGCUGUGAUAGAUGGAUAUUCGGACUUGGAAGUCACCCCGCAUGCGAAGACGAAGGUGGCAGCUCCAGAUUAUGCUCCACAGAACACUGCAAACAAUCCUGCGAAUUUCUAUGCUGGCGGUACGCCAGAGAAGGGUCAACCUAGAGGAUUCAACCGUGGGUCGUGGAUAUUCGUCGUCAUCGUCGCUCUUGUCAGUGCACUUAUUAUUGGUGGGGCUGUCGGAGGGGGGCUGGGUGCAUCACUUGCAAGCUGCGAGAGUGAGAAGAAGCUUCUCCAAGUACAAGGACUAUCUACUUCCUCCGGUUCUUCCUCUGUUGCUUCCGCCAACCAGUUGACAGUACAAGUCCCAACAGCAACAGCAACAUCAACAGAUGCAAAGGCAACAACCGGCCUCCUUGCAAAUUACGCAGUCCUACCCGCCGUCAAUGUGUACAAUGUCUCGAUAGAUUGUGCAGAGGUCGCCAAAAAACCAAUAACGACACUUUUCAAUCCAAUAGCCAACCAGAUUUACGAUGUACACUGUGGUGUCGACUUUGCAAACGUUGCGGGAAAGGAUAGUCAGGGGAAUGAAAUUCCCACUCGUGACCUGAUGGGGAUCAUCUCGUACGAUCUAGGGACCUGCAUUGAAGCAUGCUCCUCCAUCAAUCGGUUCAACGACCAGAACAAAGUCGACGCGACGCGGAACUGUCGGUCUGUAACAUUUGUCACGAGAAUGCACGAAUCUCUGUCUUCACAGGAAGCGAACUGUUUUAUCAAGAAUGGCACUCCGGCUGAUAUCAAGACUGUGACCGACCCUAGCGCGUUCUUCAUUCUCAGUGCUGCGCUUCAAGGAUGA